AUGGCGCUCGUCUGGAUAGCCCAGCGUCUCUGCCGCCACGGCCAACGACGCAAGUUAGCCCGGAUAGCUUCAUAUCUCUUCUUCAUAGUAGCCCUCACUGCCUUAUGUCUCUAUAUCCUACUCGCAUAUUAUCUGGCAAAUGACCCGCGGCUGGUGCCCGUGGCGUUUCAGCACGCAAAGAGUAUCCUUCUCGUAACCGCCCACCCGGACGACGAGACGCUCUUCUUCAGUCCGAGCAUCACGUACCAUCGCGAUGAUCGGCACGUGCAGCGGGCUUUGCUGGUGAUAUCCUCUGGUAGGUUGGACGUUCAUUCGUAUCCUCUGAUGCUUACUCCUCUAGGAAAUUACGAGGGAAUAGGCGAGCGUCGCCGACAGGAAAUCCACGACAGCUGCUCUCUGCUGGGCAUCGUCCCGGAUCGCUGCGUCGUACUGGACAAUGCUGAGCUGCAGGAUAAUCCGAGGAAAUGGUGGGAUGAAGAUCUGAUUAAGGACCUUGUUACGUCGCAUGUCCAGCAAUGGAAUGUUGAUUUGGUAUAUCAUCACCUUCGACGAUGGAGGCGUCUCGGGGCAUAUCAACCACAGAGCCGUCAGCGCAGGUGUCCGGUUAGUUUUCUGUCUUCGUCUAUGCCUAAUACAACUAAUCAACACACCCACGCCCCGCCCGCAUACACACUACAAAGCACCUUCGUCCUCCGCAAAUACUCGUCGCUUAUCGACCUCAUCCCCACCGCUAUCCCGUUCACGUGGCGCAUCCUCAAAGCCAUCCUUACCUCUCCCGCGACAAGUACGGCAGACGGCGUCCAUGAUCUUUCUCCGUUGGAAGCAUACAACGACAAGGCCCUGUUGGUGAGUCCGUGGCGGACGUACCUCGUCUCGCGAGCGGCAUUCAGCCAGCACGUGAGCCAGUACUCGUGGGAUCGGUCGUUUUAUUUGGUGCUCAGUCGGUAUAUGUGGUUUAACAACUUGAAUAAACUAGUAGUUUGA